AUGGCCUUCUUUUCCACUUUCACAGACGGACCGAAACUACAGGGACCAGAGGAGGAGGUCGAGGCGGUGUCUACUGGCCAGUCUGCACAAUUAACCUGUCAGGUUGAAGCCAAUCCUCCAGCGAAGGUCACUUGGUACCAUCAUAGGGGCAUAAGGGUUGUUAACAAGGAUGAAUUGGGCUAUCAUCCAAACGCAUCAGGGCUGUUCACUGCCACUGUGAUCACACACCGACUACUGCGAUCCUUUCUCACCGCAGAUUUGGACACAAGGGACUUCAGAGUGAGUUGCUGA